AUGUCAAUCCCACAACCUCCUGAUGAUCUAGAAACAAGAAAUAUUAUUGAGAAACUCGCAAGUUUUGUUGCUCGUAAUGGACCUGAAUUCGAAGCAGCAGCAAGACAAAAACAUGAAAAUAAUCCAAAGUUCUCUUUUCUCCACGGUGGAGAACAUCAACAUUAUUACGCCUUUCGUGUGCAAGCAGAAAAAGCUUUACUUCAACAACCGCCCAAUCCAUUCCAUUUGCCACCACCAAACAUGCUGGGGCCACCUCCUUCGUUGCCUCAUCAUCCUUCUCGUCCAACACUACCACCUUUUCCAGGCCCACCUCCACCACCUGGUACAAAUGGUCCACCGCCUUCUCUUCCUUGGACACAACCACCUCCACCGCAUUUAUUUCCGACAGGUGCACCUCCACCACCCAUACCAAUGCCACCCAUUCCACCGCCAGCGGUCGUCAUCGAACAAGCCCUUCAACAACAAAUUCAAGCUUUACAAGAACGAUUAAGACAAAGUGAAGUUAAUCUCGUUGCACAACGUGAGUCGAUGCAAAUAAAUAAAAAGACAAAAGUUCAAGAAAAUAUUCAAGCUGCCAGACAAGCACGUAUUUCUGUUCAGGCAGCUGAAUCUCAUAUUGACAUGAAAGAAGUCGAUCGAACAACUUCAGCAAUCAUCGAAGCUUGUACAAAAGAUAACAUCACUAACGGACGCAAUUGUAUAUUGAACUUCAGUCAAACAAGCAUGCAAGCAGAAACUAUUUGUUUAUAUUUAAUCGAUCGAGUAUUUGCAUCUGAUGCAACCAGUGACACCCGUUUGCACAUCAUUUAUCUCAUAAACGAUGUUCUUCAUAAUUCUGUCCGAAAAGGCAAUGAUGAAUUCCGUGUACAAUUGAGUAGAGUUAUCGUUCCGAUCUAUUGUUUGGCAGUGGAUCAAUCCAAUGACGAAUGUCGACAAAAAUUGGUCAAGUUGCUCGACCUUUGGGAAAAAAACAAAUAUUUCAAUAACGAUAUCAUGGAGGAACUUCGUGAUGUUCAACAUGCGAAAAGGCAUUUUGAAGAUGCCAUUCGGAUGGAAUAUGCUCCAAUUGUUGAACCAAUUGAAGCUGGUCUUGAUGAAAAGUACGCUCAACUCGAACGACAACAUGCUGAAUUUGCUGUCCACAUUCAAACACAAAUCAAUCAGAUUCAACAACAAAUUGUUCAAUUCCAUCAAGUUCAACAGCAGACACCUCCAGCACCUCCCCCUCCACCACCACAUUUACUAAACAACGCUUUCGGUCCGCCAUUGCCACCGAAUAUGUUGGCCCGAAUGCCGCCACCUUCUCCUUCGAAUAAUCCAAAUCAACAGCCGCCGCCCUUAAUGUCUCUCAAUCCAUUUACUGAAAAUAGUCGAGAUAAUUCGAGUCAUCGUCCACCUUCAAAUAUGUAUGAUAAUGCUCCUCCGGCACUCAUGUCUAUGUCAAUGCCUCAUUAUGAUAAUAACAGUCAACAUGAUGAUUAUGGUAAUAGUAUGAACACAAAUAUCGAACAACCAUUUGAUCUAAGUAUGGUUACGGAUGACAUUCCAUACUAUGAUCUUCCGGCUGGUCUCAUGUGUUUAUUAGUCAAGGAUGAAGAUUGUGAUUAUAAAUCGCUUGAUCCAUCGCAUUUACAUUUGCCACCAUCAAGACCAAUUACGGAACGAUUAUUAAAUGCAGUAGAAAACUUCUAUGCGCUGCCAACACACGAAACUCCAAGAAAUGCUGAUGGAUGGGAACGAUUAGGUUUAUUUGAAUAUUAUAAAAUAAAGAAUACACAUAAAUUCUCGAAAGAACGUCUUGACGGUACGAGCAAACAUCCGGAUGCAAAAGAGAAACAACAUCGCUCCGGACGAAGUCGAUCGAAAAGUUCGUCUGGAUCAAAAUCAAGAUCAUCGUCAGGUUCUUCAUCUUCAUCUUCACCUUCUUCCUCUUCAUCAUCCUCAUCUUCGUCGUCCUCAUCAUCCUCGAUGUCAAAAGAUAACUCUAAUAACAACUAUCAGAAAAAACGAUACAGAUCUCGAUCACCAUCGCCCACACAUUACAAACAACAUUCAGCAAGGGCUAAUCCGCCAAUAAGAUCACGUUCUCGUAGCACGUCUCCUCCCUCGUUUGGCUCAGCAUAUGUACCUCAAAGUUCAUCAAGUAGCAGACAUUCUCAGCAGAAAGUGUCCGAUUCGAAUGUUGGGCAUAAACUUCUACAAAAAAUGGGUUGGCAAGAAGGUGUUGGUCUUGGUCGUCGUGAACAAGGAAUUGUUGAACCCGUUAUGUCAAGUACAAGUGUAAAUAAUGACGGAAAAGCUGAUCAAUACAAAGGCAUCGGUCAUGAAGACGAUCCAUUUGAACAAUUUCGUAAACAAAAAGCCAAAGGUUAUGUUUCACGAUUGAUCGCUGCUCAAGCCGAAACAGUCGCUCGACGUCAUGAAAUUGCCGAAGAAGAUGGAUCAUCAGAACGUUCCGAUGACAAAUCCAAAAAAUAG